CACACAACAAGUUUGAACCUUUUUCCAAUUCCCAUUAAUUUUCGGUGUGUUCUCACGACUCGACUUCAUCCAACAACACCCAACACAGUCGACCGCGACACCUACCGCCGAGAUGAAGCUGAACAUCUCUUACCCUGCCAAUGGCAGCCAGAAGCUCAUUGAGAUCGAAGAUGAGCGAAAGAUCCGUGACUUCAUGGAGAAGCGCAUGGGCGCUGAAGUCCCCGGCGACAACCUCGGCGAUGAGUUCAAGGGCUACAUCUUCCGCAUCACCGGCGGUAACGACAAGCAAGGUUUUCCGAUGAAGCAGGGUGUCAUGCACCCUACCCGUGUCCGUCUCCUACUAGCCGAUGGUCACUCCUGCUACCGCCCCCGCCGUACCGGUGAGCGCAAGCGAAAGUCCGUCCGUGGCUGCAUCACUGCCAUGGACCUGUCCGUCCUCGCUCUUUCCGUCGUCAAGCAAGGCGAUAACGAGAUCCCCGGUCUGACCGACACUGUCCACCCCAAGCGCCUCGGCCCCAAGCGUGCCACCAAGAUCCGCCGCUUCUUCGGUCUCAGCAAGGAUGACGAUGUCCGCAAGUACGUCAUUCGACGAGAGGUCCAGCCCAAGAAGGAGGGCAAGAAGCCUUAUACCAAGGCCCCCAAGAUCCAGCGCCUGGUUACUCCCCAGCGUCUCCAGCACAAGCGUCACCGCAUUGCGCUCAAGCGAAGACAGUCCGAGAAGGUCAAGGAUGAGGCCAACGAGUACGCCCAGAUUCUGGCUAAGCGUGUCGCCGAGGCCCGUGCCCACAAGGCUGACGCUCGCAAGCGUCGCGCAAGUUCUAUGCGCAAGUAAAUACCUACAGGCGUUUGGUCGGUGUCUUCUCUGGUUCUUGCAUUAGGGCAUAAAUCGUGGUGGCAAUGGCUUUUGCAGGGAUGAUCGGUGGCUGGUCAUAAGAUAGGCAAAAGCCUCACAUGAAAUGUAUUCCCGGAACACAAAAAAUUAGG